AAUAAAUGAAGAAGGAACUGGAACAAGAGAAACCUCCCAACGAGAAGGAAACUCAGAUGAUGGAAGAGGUUCUAGUAGGGGAUAAAGAGAAAGGCUAUAAAAAUAAAGCAUCUACUUGUCAAACCAUAUUGAAUACUUUUAAACUCUUCCUUGGGAUAUCUAUUCUCGCUUCACCUCAUGCCUUUAUGAAUAGUGGCAUUGUUGGAGGGAUUAUUGGAAUUUCCCUAGCUACUUGUCUCUCAAUUGGUACGGUAUUAAUGCAAUCAGAUGCAGCAGAAAAAACAGGAAGUAUCAUAAAUUCUUAUAGCGACCUUGGAUAUGCUCUUUAUCGAGGAAGAGGUAAACUUAUCGUUGAUACUUUUAUUCUAUUUGCCCAAUUAGGAAUCUGAACUGCUUAUCUCAUUUUUAAUGGUAGACAAAUAGAGCAAAUCGUUUGUCUCGAGACUCAAGGAGAAAUUUGAGGGCAUAAAAAUGUGUACAUUUUUCUUGCAACCUUGAUCCUGUCUCCUAUUUGUUGGAUAAAGCAUUUAAAAAAUUUAUCAUGGAUUGCUUUCAUAGCUUUGGCUGGGAUGCUAAUGGCAUUAGCAGUGAUUUUAUACUAUGAUAUCUACUACAUCACUAUUGAAACAGUUGAAGAGGAAGAAGAAAUAGAAGCAACAAUAAAAAUAUUUGAUAUCGUUCAUUAUCCAUUAUUCUUUGGUAUAGCAGUUUUAAACUUUGAAGGAAAUCCAGCUACUUUGAAUGUUCAAGCUUCAAUGAAAAAUCCUCGGAGGUUCUCAUUUGUAUUUUUCUUAAGUGCAAUCUCAGUUUCAACUCUUGUAAUUAUUGUUUCAUCUUUAAGCUAUAUUGCAUAUGGAGAUGAAGUGGAAGAUCUCAUUACCCUGAAUCUUCCUCAUAAUGACUUAACUACAAUAGUCAGGCUUGUAUAUUCUUUAGGACUUUUAGCAAGUUUUCCUCUGCAGAUGUUCCCUUGCUUGGAUAUUGUAGAAGGAUUUAGGUGAUAUAAAUAGCUUGCCAAACCUUCCGAAUUUUCCUGUUGCAAAAUUCUUAGUGACGAGAUCAUGAAUUGUAAUAUUUUGAGGGAUCAUAGCAGCUUCAAUCCCUCAAUUUGGCUUAUUCCUUGAUUUUAUUGGUGCAUUCUCAGGAACAGUAUUAUGAUUUAUCCUUCCUAUCGUCUUUUAUAAUAAAGCAUUUGCUGAUGAAAUAACUAGGUCAAGGCUGGUAUUUAACUAUUUCCUUCUGAGCAUUGGUACACUACUAGGAGGAAUAAGUGCAGUGGUCUCAUUUAUUGAAAUAAUAUCUGCUUUAGUGUAA